ACACGGUAAGCCGCCGAAUCUCUAUUGUUCUACCGAAUUCUACCGGUAGAGCGCGGUAACCCACUCAAUUUCCUUCGCCCCGAACGGCAAUGGGGACAGAGGAGCGCUACCCCGAGUGGUCUUUCACGGAGACGCUAUCGCUGGACGAUGUGGAGAUCCGCGAGCGCCAACAGGUGGACGAGGACGGAGAGCUCUGCAUCGUGUCCUACGCGCACGCGAUCCAGGGCCGCGAGACGACAAAGAUCACUUACAAGAUGAUCCGUAAAGUUUGCACUUAUCUGGGCGUUCGCUACUAUAAGAACCAGCCCAAGAACGUCAUGUUGGAGAUCAUCGCACAGAAGAAACUCAAGGGCCAAGUACCCGAGAGCUACAGGAAGAAGCGGAAGGUGGCCGAGAGAGCGCGACCUGUAUACACGUACCGGGAUGAGAACAGGAACGAGAACCGAGAUCCCACAGAGGAGUCUCACCCACCGGCCACCAACUCCAAGCGCCAACGGGUAGAGGCAGAUGAGUCAAAUGUCUCUACCGUCUCCGUUACCACCACCACCAACAGUGCCACUACCACGUCCUUCCAUCUACUGGAACACCGGAACGAGAACAAUGAGAACCGAGACUCCACAGAGGAGACUACAGAAGAGGCUCCAUUGUCUAUCAAUACCAACCGCCAGCGCGUGGAGACUGGUGAAGCGAACGCCGCUACGAUCCCAGUUAUCACCACCACCAGUAGUGCUACCAACGCGUUCUUGCAGCCCUUGAUACUAGCCGAGACGGACCAACGUCAAUUGCCAGCCGACAAUGGACCAGGGAUCCCAACGACCCCGUCAGUACCGGAACCGCCCCGGAUCUACGUGGAAAUGUCACUGACCGACCGAGUUGAUACGUUUAACUUACUGCGCCAUAUUCGUCAGCAGAUCCAACAUGUCGAAGAUGAAAUCGCCACCCAAACAACAAACAGCACGUCGCAGAUGUCGACUAUUAAGACGCAACGUCUGACUGAAGAUUUACGCUUCUACCUUGCCGAGCGGCGAUCACUCAUCCAACAACUCGAAAACUCGAGAUACAUGUGAAAAGCGUACUUCAACGACAACAUCCGUGAGAUGGCCGUUUCCGAAAUAUAAAAUGUCACGUUUUCUUAGGGUAUUUUUUGAGAGAAUUAGUUUGGCUGGACAUCCUUUCGCUUCCCAGUCUUCUCAAGAUGAAGCUGAACUGUGUGAACUCGAGUGACGCCUGACGUAUAAUAUCAAGGUCGCACAAGACGCCAGCAUUCGAGACGCGAAAAAGCAACAUUAGCGUAUUCGAAGAGGUGGCUUCGAUGAAGCUGUUCGCCGCUAAAGACGAGCAUGGACAUUUUCUUCGUCUGAAGGCACAUGGAAGAGCGAAGUUUGUCGGAUGCAUACAUGUUUGUGAUGACGUGUCUGUGAAAUUCAUUUUGUGUUGAUCGGGAUUGGCCCAGUUACUUCAAAGCAACCGUUGUAUAACCAAGAGUAUGCAGAAAACUACGAGAAACCAUUGCAGACAGAAAGGGUCCAUUAUUACUGGGAAAAAAGAUAAUAACGAUACAUUGACAUUGCAUAGAGUGAUAACCAAGCCUAAUAUACAGUAAAUGUUGAGAAGUC